UGCUGUCCUGUCGGUAGGUUUACAGCAGGUUGUUAUCGGCAAUGAAACAGCUUAACGCGCAUUUUACUUUCGAUUUGCAAUUUAAACAUUCAAAUGGCAAAAAUUAUAAAACAAUGCGGUAAAAUAAGCUUAGCUGCCAAUGUAUGCGAUCUGGAACGCACGCUGCUCGGCGGUCAAAGCUUUCGCUGGAGCAAAUUGUGUGAUGAACCGCAAAUAAAAUAUUGUGGCGUCGCAUUAAAUACGUAUUGGGUGCUGACGCCAGAAAGCGAGCACAUUACGUACGAAGCCCAUGCGGAUGCAGCUAAUCAGGAGCAUGAUUUUAAUGCCCUGCUGAGUGAUUAUCUGCGUGCUGGCUUUGAUUUGGAACAGGAACAAAAUGCUUGGUUGCAGGCGGAUGAACAGUUUGCCAAGUUUGUGGGCCAACCGGUGCGCAUGUUGUCCCAGGAUCCGCUGGAGAACAUUAUUUCCUUCCUAUGCAGCCAAAAUAACCAUAUCAAACGCAUAUCUUCAAUGAUUGAAUCGUUUUGUGCCUCCUACGGCCGUAAGAUUGGACAUUUUCACGGCCAGACUGCGUACACAUUUCCCACACUGGAGGCGCUCAGUACACUAAAUGGCAAUCAGCUUGAUAAGGAGCUGCGUGCUGCCAAAUUUGGUUAUCGCGCCAAGUAUAUAACGCGCUCGCUUCAACAGAUUCAAGAUUUUGGCGGCAAUGCUUGGUUUGAGCAACUACGUCAAAUGCCUUAUGUGGAGGCACGUGAGUCGUUGGUUAAGCUGUCUGGCAUUGGUUACAAGGUGGCCGAUUGCAUCUGUCUAAUGUCCUUGGGUCAUUUGGAAUCUGUGCCCAUUGAUACGCACAUUUAUAAGCUCGCACAGCGACAUUAUCUGCCACAUUUGGCCAGCAAGGAGAAUCUUACCAAUAAGAUCUAUGACGAGGUGGCGCAACAUUUUCAGCAGCUUCAUGGCAAAUACGCUGGCUGGGCUCAAACGAUUCUAUUCUGCGCCGAUUUGCCGCAGUUUAAAGACAACACCAACAACAAGAAGCGCAAAAAAUAGUUGUAUUUAAUCUAAAUUAUUCAGACUUUUGUUAAAGUGUUAACAAAUUUAAAUAUUUCAUUUAUAUCCGCACAUGUUUCAACUAACAGCAGCUUCUUAUUGACUCAAGAAGAGCUGCCUGAUUUAGAGAUUGAGUUGAAAACUCAGCAGAAUUGGUAGCAACUACCUUAUAUAAUAUUAAAACUGAAUAAAAUAAAAUCAAAACGUCGAGGGAGAAUCGUUAAAAAUCGAACAAUAACUAAUUUUAGUCUCUUAUCAUUAAGUAUAAAUGAAUUUAAGUCAUUUUAAAUCAGCUUUAGAUUUACACAUAUUGUCUGCCAAAACAAACAAAGAGAAAUGAUUGAAAAUGAAAACGAAUUUAGCGUU